CGAUAAGCGAGUAGCUGUGCUUCGCUUCGUUUUUGUUAUUUCAUUAAUACAACACAAUACCACUUGUUCUUCUUCUCUCCUCUCUCCAACCUCCUCUCGGUGUCUGGAGAAGGUCAAUCAAUCCAAUUGAAACGGUUUUCUUUGGAUUUCUGGUCAAUAUCCAUGCAACUUCGUUUUUUCGAUGGUUUAAUUCCAUGACAAUCGUCGAUAUGUGCGGCCCUUGCCGAGAUUUUCGGGAUCCACCGAUGAACCGCUGCUUCCAAAUGUUCUCCUGCCUCGCUGAUCCCGCUCGGAGGUCGUCGUUGUACUUGAAGCUGGCCUUAGUGACGAUCCAUCUGGUUUAUGCGGCCGUUCUCUUCCUAUUUGAUGGAUUUUUGAUAGAAAAAACUAAGAAGGAACCAUGGUACACUGCCUUGUAUUUGCUGCUGCUUGCUGCCGCUUUAAUACUUUACUUUGUUACCUCCAUUUCCUCCCCUGGCUAUGUCCUUGAUGCAAUGGCAGCUGUUAACAAGGCAAACGCAGUAUAUAGAAACACAUCUAUAACCUCAAGUCAACCUGCUUCAAGCAAGAAUGGAAGCUUUAUUCUUACUGUUGAUGAAAGUCAGUUGGGAAGAAAUGAUGCAGGAGGUAAUUCAAUGGAUUGGGCAAAGCUGGUGACAGACUUGUAUCCUCCUGGAACAGCAAUCAGAAAUUGGACAUGCAGCUACUGCCGUGUAGAGCAGCCACCUCGAUCAAAGCAUUGUCAUGAUUGUGACAAAUGUAUUCUUCAGUUCGAUCAUCAUUGUGUUUGGCUUGGAAAUUGCAUUGGCCAGAAUAAUCAUUGUCAAUUUUGGUGGUACCUUUGCGAUGAGACAGCACUGUGCCUCUGGACUGCUAUAUUGUAUAUUUCAUACCUGAAGGCUCACAUCACGAGGAGUUGGUGGAAGGAUGCAAUCAUAAUACUGCUCUUAAUCACGUUGUUCAUUUCUCUCAUCUUCUUGGUUCUUCUACUGCUAUUUCAUAGCUAUCUUAUUCUGACAAAUCAGACUACUUAUGAACUUGUGAGAAGGAGGAGAAUUUCUUAUCUGAGGGGGAUUCCAGAAAGAGUGUAUCCAUUUAGUAAGGGAAUUAGUCGAAAUUUAUACAACUUCUGCUGUGCAAGGAGAAGCGUGUACAGUUUGGAAGCACUGCCUAGUCCUCAAGAGAUAGAGGAAAAGUCAAUGCCUUACACGUGCAAGGAUGUUGUAACCUGUCGUUGUUGCUGAAAAUGCAAUUGUUGUUGUGCUAGAAGAAUAAUUCCCUGAAGAGGUUUUCAUUUUGUGCUCGGAUAGAUAUAAUUCAAUGCGUAGGUCUGCUUAGAGAACGUAUUUACUUACGCUGUUGGCACUAGGAUCACCUAUUUCUUUUUCUGCUCUUGCCCAUUCUUUCCCUCAUAUUUGGUAGGAGGUUGUUGUUUUUAGGUUUAAUGCAUGGGUACAGUGCCACUGUAUCCGUGGGUGUGGAUGAGAUAAAUUCCGCUCGGUUUUGGAUUGCUGUCCCGGAUAUAUCGUUAUUUUUAGGCGGGAAAAUGACACUUGCAGACCCUGUUCGGGGAUUAAUGAUAA